AUGAAGAGUCAUUUGUUGUCCGUCGGCCGUCGAGCAGCCUCGACUCUCACCAAAGAGGCUGGUGACAUCAGUUCCGUCUUCCCCUCUCUGUCGGGCAAGAAGGCCGAGCCUCUCCCACCACGGUACAGUGAAUUGAAGAAGUCUUUGAUCAAAGGGAACGAAGAAGCGGUGACUGCAUCCUGGCACAGGCUUCUGGCAAGCCUGAAGAAUGAGAUUGCCGAGAUCAAGUCCAAGGGCAGUGAUAUCGUACCCAGCAUCGAAUAUCAAGACGUCGUGUCAGGGACAGUCCCCCAAUCGAAGCUCGAUGCCCUGCGACAUCGCGGCACAGCCGUGAUUCGGAAUGUCCUUCCCCGGCAGGAAGCUCUAGACUUGAAACAACAGGCGAAAGAGUACAUCGCCGCCAAUAAGCCCAAAGUCAGAGCGUUCCCUGCCGACGACCCCGCUGUGUAUGAGUUAUAUUGGACACCGUCUCAGGUCCAGGCGCGAGCCCACCCUAACAUGCUCAAGACCCAGUCGUUCCUGGCGUCCAUCUGGCACUCGUCCGACCCAACGUCCGAGAUAUCGACCACUUACCCGCUGACGUAUGCUGAUCGCUUCCGUAUCCGCCAUCCAGGCGACGCCAAGUUCGCUCUCGGUCCGCAUACGGAUGGAGGCAGCGUCGAGAGAUGGGAAGAUCCCGAAUACUCACGGGUGUACCGUGCCAUUCUGGAAGGCCGAUGGGAAGACUAUGAUCCGUUUGAUGCGCGCCAUCGGAUUACCGCCCGCAUGGACUUGUACAACGGGGCCGGAGCGUGCAGCAUGUUCCGACUGUUCCAGGGCUGGCUGUCCAUGUCUUCGACCGGACCUGGCGAGGGAACCUUGAAGGUGUGUCCUCUACUCCGACACGCAACUGCCUACCUGAUUUUGAGGCCGUUCUUCGACGUCUCGUCAGGCAGGUUGAACUUGGACGCCACGUUCCCAAACUCGGUCCCGGGAGCAUGCCAGGAAUACAAUCCAGAGACGCAUCCUGACCUCGACCUGGACACCACGAUGGUGAGCGUGCCGCAUGUUGAGCCGGGUGAUUAUGUCGCCUGGCAUUGCGACACCAUCCACGCCGUCGACAAGGAACACAGAGGCAAAGGUGACAGCAGCGUCUUGUACAUCCCAGCCUGUGCCAUUACCCAAUCAAACAUUGAAUUCUUGAAAAGACAGCGCAUGAACGCCUUGAGGUACAGUCCCUCGCCGGAUUUCCCAGGCGCCGGUGGUGAUGGGGAGAUGGGGUUUGUUGGGGCUGUCAAUUGGGACCAAGUUAACGAUGAGGGCAAGAGAGCCAUGGGUUUGGGCAACUGGAAAUGGGAAGUCAAGGAGGGCAUGAGCGAGGGGGAGCGGAAAGUCAUCGACCAAGGAAACAAGGUCCUCUUUGCCUGA